AUGAACUAUCAAUAUGAUUCAACUACUAAUCUGAAUACAUCUUAUUAAGCAACAACAUCAAAUUUUGCUUUAGAGCAAUACUAAUAACCGGGGAGCAUCAUUGCUUCUACAUUUCAGUAGUAUAGUACCACAGGUUAAGGGAUUAGCUCUGAAUAUCCGCAGACAUAUAAUCAGUAGGCAAUUUAUUAAAUUGGCAAUUCUACUGUCGCAGCUCUUGGUGCUAAUUAUUCACUUGGUAGCUAAGUAAUGAGCAUCAACUACGAAUUAGGCUACCAAAACACAUCAGUCGGUGACCAAUCAUUAGUAAAUUCUAAAGAACUGUAAGGUGAAAUUAUUUAAAUCAAUACUCUUUAACAACCAAGCAAUUCAGCAUAAUAAGAAACUAAUUAACUUACAGAGAAAUAAAAACGAGCUCUCCGAAAGUAAAGGUUCAAUUUAAGUAAAGACUAAAUUAACAUAAAUAUGACUACUAUUGAUGCUUAGGGACUAUUAGCUGAAGAGAGGGAGAAAAGACUCCUUAGAGCAUAAAAAUUUGGUAUAGAUGAUAAAGAGACAGAGAAAUAAAAAUGA